AUGCUCACCAGCCGUCGUCCAGUCGAUGCGCUGCACCGCGAAAUCGGCAGAACCAAAGUGACUGUUGCACGACGCAAGAGCUUAUGUUGCGUGCCUCCGACACGGGAAGAUGAGAGUGCUGAUACCUGGGAUGAGGCAGUUGUUGAAUAUGAAUACGCAGUUGUUGAUGGUAAUACUACUCCUUGA